AUGAUACGGCUGCACAGCUACCUAAGACUUCAAAUUCGUCCGCAGCAGCGCGCGCCCUCGCUAGCCGAGUGGCAACGGCAGCAGCAGCAGCGCAGUGCUCAGAGGAAGUCCCCACACAAACCAACUUCUCCCCUUUCGCCAGCAGAAAACGAAGACCCCAUGAGUGCUGCCCCGGAGCUGCCGUCGACGCAGCUGGAGAUGGGGGGCCACGAUGAGUAUGACCGCGUGAAUAAGCUGGCAGACGAAGUAGAGCAACAGCUGAUAGAUUCACCGCAAGAAGAGAGUGAGAAUAUGAGUGCAUCAUCAUCGGGCUCUGGAGCUGACUAUACACCCCGGCUUAACAGCGCGUAUCCCUCAUCAGCUAUUCCAAAACCCAGAAACUUCUAUAACUACUUUGGUGAUGAUACUGUUUCUCUGCUUGAAACAAACCCCGAUGAAAUCCUAUACAAGUUCGCCGGCGGCAGCGCAUCGACGGAUACUGAACUCUUCGUACCCCUACAGCUAGACAGCCAAUCGGCUGCAGCUUCAGCUGCCUCUUCUUUAAACUUACAACCCUAG